AUGACAAGCAAGAAGAUAAUUGUGGUGUUUGGAGCAACAGGUGCUCAGGGUGGUUCUGUGGCCAGGGCCCUCUUGGAGAGUAAAAAGUUCACUGUCAGAGCACUGACCCGGGAUGUGACUCGCCCGAAGGCUCUGGCGCUCAAGGACCUUGGUGCUGAGGUGGUCAAAGGAGACCUGAAUGAUGUGGCAUCUAUGGAAAGUGCCUUGAAAGGUGCCUAUGGGGCCUUCGUGGUGACAAACUUCUGGGACCAUAACAGCAAAGAGAAGGAAGUGUGUCAGGGAAAGAUGGUGGCUGAUGCAGCCAAGCGCCUGGGUCUGAAGCAUGUGGUAUACAGUGGCCUGGAGAACGUCAAGCAACUAAGUGGCGGCAAGCUGGAAGUGCCACACUUUGAUGGGAAGGGAGAAGUGGAGGAGUAUUUCUGGUCCAUUGGCGUUCCUAUGACCAGUGUUCGCCUGUCAGCAUACUUUGAGAACUUUUUGACUCUCUGGAAGCCCACGAAAGCCUCUGAUGGAGAUUACUAUACCUUGGCACUACCUAUGGGGGACAUUCCAAUGGAUGGUAUCUCUGUUGCUGACUCUGGAGCAGCUGUCGCCAGCAUUUUUAAUUCUCCAGGGGAGUUCUUGGGAAAGGCUGUGGGUCUCAGUGCAGAAGCGCUGACCAUACAGCAAUAUGCCGAUGUUUUCUCCAAGAUUCUUGGGAAAGAAGUCCGAGAUGCAAAGAUCUCCCCAGAAGCUUAUGAGAAGCUUGGAUUUCCAGCAGCUGAGGAAAUGGCCAACAUGUGUCGUUUCUACCAAAUGCGGCCAGAUCGUGAUGUCAAACUCACCCACCGCUUAAAUCCCAAAGUCAAAAGUUUCAGCCAGUUUCUUGCAGAGAACCAAGGGGCCUUGAAAGGCAUAUAA